AUGCGCUUGCCAUGCGCCUGGCUCCUCUUGCAAGCGCCCAUCGAACAUGGCCGCGCUGCGAUGACCGUGGCCGCGCCCUUCGGGGAGGCAGCACAGUGGGCGGCCAAGAGCGUGCCGGAGGCUUGUGAUCAGCCAGGGGAGGAGUGCGAGGCAUGGGACCAAGUAGCUUCCACGUGGCGUUAUGCGUGGAACAACUUGCGGCUGAGUUUGCAGCACGCCACCGCGCAGCACCGUCUUCGGCUGGACCCUGGGGAGGUUCAACAGCUCGUGGCGGUGCACGAAUUUAUGUAUUGGCUCGGGAAGGACAAGCAGAAGUGGCAGGUGGGUUGGGAUGAAAUGAGUGGCUCAGCCCGAGCCUUGCUGCGAGCGUUGCAGCUGUGGCUGGUGCCUGGGGAGUAUCAGUUGGGCACUCCGUUGAUCAUUCCUCGAGUGAAUCACGGCUUGCACUUGCCCUUCGCCAGUCGAUCUGUCCUGGUGCCCACCGACGGCGAUGUGACGAGCUCGCGCAUCAGUUUGUCGGAUGGACGGGAGCUGCCCCUGCUGGGGUUUAGCCUUGGAAGCAUUUGGGCAUUUCCCUACCAAGCGACCAAGGUUUACCAGCAGAUUCGCGCAGCGCUGAAAUUGGGAUAUCGACACCUAGACCUGUCGGAGCACUAUGGCAGUGAGAAGGAGGUCCAUAGGGCUAUUGAAGAUGCAGGCAUUCCCAGGGAGGAGAUCUUCUUGGCUGGAAAGCUGGGCAAAGCUGAUCACUAUCCACUGGGUGCCCUGCGUGCCGUUCAGCAGCAAAUGAAACAUUUUGAUCUGGAAUACCUGGACCUGUUCCUGCUAACCAAGCCCAUCUAUGACGCCAAAGUGCUGCGUUCAGUCUGGGAGAUCUUGGAAAGCUACCAGAAGCGCGGAAUCUUUCGCUCACUGGGAGUCUGCAACUUUGAUAUCACAUCCCUUCAACUUCUGGAGCAGGUGGCAAAGAUUCCACCGGUGUAUGUGCAGAGCAGGUUUUCGAUCUACGAUUUGGACCUCGAAGGCUUCCCUGUCCUCCGCUGGGCACGGCCCCGGGGUAUCGCUGUGGCAGCGCGCAUGGAGCGGGGCGGCUACCUGCUACCCGCUGAGGACCCUCAUGUGGUAAGCAUCGCCAAGAAGUUGAAGCGGAAUCCUGGCGAAGUGCUGUCACGAUGGUUGCUGCAGCUGGGAAUGGCCGUCGUGGUCAGUGACCCCGAGGAGCAGCGAGGGGCCUUAGAUUUUCAACUCCAAGAGGAGGAGAUGCGGCUCUUGAACGGCCUGGUCACCUUAAGCAGCUCCGUCCCGGGCAUCCCUGGCCCCGGCUUCGCGGAAGAUGUCUACGGGCUCAGGCGCUUCGACCGCUUCGACCAUCCGGCGAAAGAAGCGCAAGCCGCGGGCGACUUUCCAGAUGGCUUCUCAAAGCCCUUCGCCUUCCCCGCGCGAGCCAAAAAGUCGCCAGGAAAUAACAAGGGUUGGGGUCAAGACCGGGGGAAGUGGUCUUUUUUCCUCCAUCAAAGCCAUAGACAAGAUGUUUAUCAGGGUUUAUCAGGGUUUACCCGAUAUCCCAUAUGGAUCCAUAUAGAUUCAGCUAGCUAG